GAUAUACAUUUCUGUCCCGUUUCUUAUAACCUUGGUGUGGAUGUGAUAAUGGCAGACGAUGGUUAUUCCUCAUCUGCUUGGGAGUCUACAGAUAAUUCAGAUCCCAGCAACGCAACCCACACCAAUUCAUAUGCUCGUUCGUUACCAGCGCACCCGGCAGUUUUCCACGAAUCAUCAUCUACCUCUCCGCCAAACCAUCAAAUACCUUCAUUGCCUCCAAAAUCAUCAUCGCCCCCACCACGCUCCAGCUCUGACUCUGCAGGUCGAUCCUCUACUUCCAAAUGGCGUGAUAGUUUCACAGUCCCCGUCGAGCGCAGGGAUACCUUGUCUACCAUUCCUAGUGACGUGGGUAGCUUGGUAGAACCAAGUUUCGACGAGAAUGUGCUUCGAGCAUUAUGUGAAUUAGAUUGUGGAGUGCCUCUGUUGUUAGAUCGAAUAAAGCAAAGUAUGGUAUCCUGUCGGGAAGCAUCUGUAUUCUUUAAGAAGAGAGCAGUUUUGGAAGAAGAGUACGGAAAGAGUAUGCAAAAGUUAGCUCGCACUACGUCAGAAGUGUAUUCUAUGAACGAUGGAAAAGCGGGAUCUUUUGUCAACGCAUGGCAGUCAUCCAUGAAAAUUCAUGAAGUCAUGGCUGAGAAUCGAAUACGAUUUUCGCAGCGAUUGAACGAGAUGAGCGAAGAGCUGGCCUCUCUCGCUAAAGAAGUGGAUAAAAACAGAAAACAUACUAAGGAGCUAGCUAGUCGUUACGAACGUGCACUACAGGAGUCCGAGCUAAUGACUGAAAAGAGCAAGCUUCGGCUUGACGUCUCUUCAGAAGAGUUGGAGCGUGUUCUUCUUCAGAAGGAAGGAGAGUCGUUCAAGGAUAGUGCUUUACAAGCUAAAACUACUACCGGAGCGGGCGGCAAACGGGUAUUGGGAAAGGCAGUCGCCAAAGGUGGGCUGCUGCUCAAAGGCAAAAAUCCUGGUAAUAUCCAAAGACAAGAAGAUGAUAUCCGAUCCCGUGUUUCGGUCGCUUCAGACACCUACCGAAAGUCUCUAACGGAUACUCAAGCAAUGAGACAGGAAUAUUUCAACUUCCAGCUGCCUAGAAUCUUAAGAGCGCUAAAGGAGUGUGCCGACGAAAUCGAUCUGGGGACUCAGUACCACCUCACAAGAUAUGCAUUCUUAUUUGAAAGCAUAGUAUUAAGUGACGGGUCUACGCUAGUCCCUGCUUCUGCGGAAGAAGGUCUCGGUCUAAAACCUACAUACGAGGCAAUUGAUAGCCGUUCGGAUUUUAAGACUUACAUGCAAAACUAUGCAUAUGCUCGUGGAAAUGCCGCUCCACGAGGACCUAGGCGAGAAGGUCCAGCUGAAGAAGGUUUCCUGCCUCCUCUACCAACGCAUAUCAUUGGAGGAUAUCCUGGUGUUCAUGCGAACUCCAGUACUCCCAGCACUGCUAACUCACAGAUGCCAGAUCGAGGUCGGCCAACCUUUGGUGUAGACCUUGCAAAUCAAAUGGCACGAGACAAUGUCGAGAUCCCGCCUAUUGUGGAGAAGUGCUGUGAGACUAUAGAGAAAUAUGGGUUACAAUCGCAGGGCAUAUAUCGUAUAAGCGGAAUGACAAGCAAGGUUGCCCAGCUCAAGGAGCGGUUGGACAGAGAUUUGGAUGCUGUUAACUUCGAUUCAGAAGAGUGGACAUCGGACAUCAAUAACGUUACCAGCGUCAUCAAGCUUUGGCUACGUGAGCUUCCCGACCCUAUCUUGACUUUUGUUUUGCACCAAGGGUUCAUUGAUGCUGCCAAAAUCGAAAAUGAUCGCCUGCGCCACAUACGUCUGCACGAACGUGUCAACGAUCUUCCGGAUCCAAACUAUGCUACUCUGAAGUUCUUCAUGGGCCAUUUAUACAAGGUUGCGCAAUACGAAGCGGAAAAUUCCAUGUCUAUACAAAACCUUGCCAUAGUGUUUGGUCCUACUCUUUUUGGUCAAUCGGCGCCCAGCAAUGGGAGUGCGGGUCAUAUGAAUGGUGGCAUAGCCGAUGCACCCUUCCAGAACAAGGCCAUAGAAACAAUACUAGAGCAUUACACUGAUAUCUUCGUGGACGAAGCAGACGGUGUCUAAAACCAUAGCCUGACCAGUCUCUAUUCAUCGGCCCUUUCCUUUUCCUUUCUUGAUUUGUAUCCGCAAAUAUACCCCGAAUGGAACUCGAAAUAUCUCCGAGCUGGAUGUAACAACUUGGACGUUUUCACCCUGUAUACUGGGAUUAUAGUGCGUGCGUGUGUAUGUGUUGUCAUCAUCGCAGCUGUUGUAUGGAAGUUUAUGUGGAGUAGUUAUGAUAGUCUUGGUAAUUUAAAUCCUGUCUUACA